GAAGCAACAAUUUUAUUUGUUUUCCUUCUUAGAACUCUCAGCUAUCUCCUUAAGUAAACCAAAAUAGUUGAUUUUGUUGAAUUAAUCGCAGAUGGCAGGUGGGUAUAGAGCUGAGGAUGAUUACGAUUAUCUGUUCAAGUUGGUGUUAAUUGGAGAUUCUGGUGUAGGAAAAUCCAAUCUCCUUUCUCGAUUCUCAAGAAACGAGUUCAAUCUUGAAUCAAAGUCUACUAUUGGUGUUGAAUUUGCUACCCGUAGCAUUAAGGUAGAUGAUAAGAUCGUUAAGGCUCAGAUUUGGGAUACUGCUGGACAAGAAAGGUAUCGUGCAAUUACAAGUGCAUACUACAGAGGGGCUGUCGGUGCAUUAGUUGUCUACGAUAUCACUCGACAUGUCACAUUUGAAAAUGUUGAGAGAUGGUUAAAAGAACUUCGAGACCAUACCGACCAAAAUAUAGUCAUAAUGCUCGUUGGGAACAAGGCCGACUUACGUCACUUGCGUGCUGUUUCAACAGAGGAUGCCAAGGCCUUUGCUGAAAGAGAGAGUACCUUCUAUAUGGAGACUUCAGCACUUGAAUCCUUGAACGUUGAGAAUGCGUUUACAGAAGUACUGACAGAGAUAUACAGGGUGGUCUGUCGGAAAGCACUCGAAGUUGGGGAUGAUCCUACUGCGUUGCCGAAGGGGCAAACUAUAAAUGUUGGCAAGGAUGAUGUUUCAGCUGUGAAAAAAGUUGGUUGCUGCUCUGUGUAAGCUAAAAAAAUCAAGAAAUCGGUGAAGUUAAACUUUCAAAUGGCUUCUCCUAUAGUUGCAUUGAGUAUUCUCAGUUUUGAAUAUCUUAGGAAUUAUUCCACCUCUGUAUUGUUUCAUUAACUUACCUUUAGUUUGUACUUUGUACCCUAUUUUGCUAGUCUUUUGACUCUUUGUAAAAGAGUUUUACUAUUAUUUAUAUACUUUUACAUUAUAUUAUUAUUUUGUAUGUUUAUGGCAU